UGGCGUGUGGAGUGUUGACGUGAAGUGUAGUGCAGAAAGUGAAUUGCUGAUUUGUGUCUUCCAAACAUUGACAUAGAAGUCUAUAUGUGUGUGGUGGAAUGAAAUAAACCGUGCAAAACGUAUCAAACGAGAAAAUCUAAAUUUUAUUUGCCAUGUCUUCUUUGUUAUUUGCUGAAUUAGCGGCAACUUGCAAUGCCCUCGGCUUCUCUGAUGGUAGUAAAUACUAUCCGGAUACACACUGUAAAGAGACCGUGAGAGAUCUGAUUCGCUACCUGAGGCGUGACGAUGAAAACCACGAAAUCCGCCGACACUUGGGCGAGGCGCAGGUGCUGCAGACGGACCUCUUGCCCAUCCUCAAACAGGAGUGGAAGGAUUCUGAUCUUUUUGAUGUUGUCAUCAGGCUGCUGGUUAAUCUGACGAAUCCAGCCCUGCUCCUGUACCGGGAAGAGCUUCCUGUAGACAAGGUGUCGAGAAAUUACUACUUGCAAAUCAUAUCACAGUUACAAGCUUACAAGAAGGCUUUCACCAAUUCAGAUGUGUGGGAAGUAAUCAAGAUGAAACUCAGUAAACUCCUUGAGACGGAGUGGGAGGAGCGCGGAGAGGAGAAGAGCCUGAUGAUUGAGCGGAUGCUGAUCCUAGCGCGGAACGUGCUGCAGGUGCCGGCCGACGUCGCCGCAGAGAAGCUCUCUGAUAGUGAACCCAGUGUCCACGACCAGGUACUUUGGGCACUGCACGUCUCCGGCAUGGUCGAUAUCUUCCUGUACCUGGCCAGUUCUGAAAAUGAACAACAAUACUACAUGCAUAUUCUUGAGAUAGUUUCCCUGAUGCUGCGAGAACAGAAGCCGGAUGAGCUGGCAGUCGCUGCACCUGAACGCAGCAUCGAGGAGAAGACACGGGACGAGGCGCGGCUUCUAGCAGUGCGUAACGAGGAGAUACGCCGCCGGCAGGAGCUGGAAAGACGUUUCCGAGGAGCCAGGCAUUCAAGAUUUGGUGGAACAUUUGUACUAAAGGACUUUAAGUCUAUAAGUGACCGCAAUUUGAUCUACCAUAAGCCGUUAAACAAACUUGAUGACUUAACAUUUGACCAUGAAAAGCACAAGGUAAAGACACCAAAGAAUCGCCAACCACUGAAGAGUGAAGUUGUUGAACGGAGAUCUGCAUACAGUGUUCGCCUCUUCCUGAAAGAAUUCUGUUCUGAAUUUCUGAUCGGAGCAUACAACACUCUGAUGUAUCAUGUCAAAAGCAACCUGGUGCGAGCUAAAACUCAAGCAAAUGACGAGUCCUAUUAUCUGUGGGCGAUGAAAUUUUUCAUGGAGUUUAACAGGAACUACAAGUUCCAAGUGAAGCUUGUCAGUGAGACAAUGUCAGUUCAAACAUUCCACUUUGUGCAAACCCAGAUGGAAAGCUGCUACGCCAACAUGGUAUGCGACAAGAAGAAAAUUUCACUCUGGUCUCGCCGUAUGCAUGUGGCGCUGAAGGCCUACCAGGAACUUCUGAUGACCUUAAUAGCCAUGGACAAGUCUGACGAUGCAGUGGUGAGGAACUCCUCAAGAGUCAUAAAGAGCAAUAUCUUCUAUGUCAUUGAAUACCGAGAGCUCAUUUUCACAUUGCUGAUUAAUUUCUCAGAAACAAAAAUGUCAAGGGCCUACUUGCGAGACCUGGUAGUGACUGCACACAUCUUCCUCAGGAUGCUGGAGCAGUUUUCCGCAAAGGGAACAAUUGUGGUACAGAAACCAGUGAGAUCGAAGCCAAAGCGCAAGAAGAAGCCAGCGACAGUCACGGCUCCACCUGUCGAACCCAGACCACCGGCAGAGGUUUGGGACGAAGAACUGGGGCCUCAGAUGUCUGUAGCUCUACAGCAUACAACAGAACUUCCAGUGGCAGUGCCUUUUGAUGUAGCAUCAGAAAAAGAAAUUGAUGAUCAGAAGUCUGACUGUGUGAAGAAGAUCCAGCGACUUCUUAGGCAAAGUGAAUUUGAAAUGGCCAUAGCCCUGCUCAGGGCAGCAAGGGAAGUGUGGCCAGAAAAUGAUGUUUUUGGUGCAGCUAAUGCUUCACUUACUGACGAGUACGACAUCUUCAGGGACAUUUAUAUCGCAGACUUGAAUCAGCCGCUCGAAGAGCCAGCUAGCGAGCAACAGCCGGAGCAAAAUGAAGACGCUGACGAUGAAGAAGAUGAAGAAGAUGACGAGGAAGAAGAUGCAGAAGACGAGGGCAGCACAGCUAUAUCAGAGCAGUCAUUUCAGUUCAUGGACUUCAUGAAAAGGUUUGCACAUCCAAAUGUGGUGCAAUCGUGCACAAUAGUGCUGUCAGAGUUUGACCGGAACACUCCGACAGUGAACCACAGUGCCCUCAAAAUCCUGCACCGCAUAGCCUGGGACUGCAAGAUGUACGUGCUCCUCUUUCAGGUGUCGCUCUUCCGCGUCUUCCAGAGAGUGCUGGACUCCAGCCUGCCUGAACACAAGGAAUUGGCAAAGUUUGCAAUUUUCAUAAUAAGAAAGUUUGCUGAAGUUGCAAAGAAUAACCCAAAAGUAUACAUGGAAUUGCUGUUCUGGAAGACUUCUAAAGAGGCAUAUGAAGUUGAAUACGGCUAUGGCAGUUACCAAGACAAGUCAGCUGCAGCUAAGAAGGCGUGGUCGGAAGAGGAGGAGAAUGAGCUGCAAGUUUUGUACGAGGAGUACAUGAAAACACCGGACACCAAUGGCCUUGAUGUUUUGGAUUUCAUUAUGAAGAACAUGAUAAGCCAAGAUCGUUCGCGUCGUGGAGUUACAAAGAAGAUGAGAGAGAUGGGAUUCAUUCUCCCCAAAGCUGGCAGUCGCAAGGUCGGUGGCAGUUCACGACCUCCGAAAGAGUGGUCUGAAGCUGAAGAAGCGCAGCUGAGACAGUUGUUUGAAGAAUUCAAAGAUGCUAUGGAUCCUUUGGACUGCAUAUUGGCUCGAUUGGAUGUGAAGAGACCUAAGAACCGAGUAAAGGAUAAAAUAGUCGAGCUGGGUCUCGUCACAGACAGAAAGGAGCUUCGCAAGAAACGGUCACGCAAGUCUGACGGUGCUCCUGGAAAAAGUCGUCACAAAUCGAGGAACGCGAGCGACAGCGAAGGUGAGAGCGGCAGUGACCGCACCGGCGACUCCUCCGGCUCCGAGUCUGACGGCAGCAGGAGUAGGAGCGCGUCUCCACCCCCAUGUGCCAAGCAGCGUCCCACGGUGCCGGCGAAGAAGCGGCAGGUGGGCCAGGCGACGGGGGCGGCGAGGAAGCCGCGCGGCACUGCAGGGAAGAGUACCAAGAAACCGGUUGCCAUCUCCACAGCAGAGCUUGCCAGCAUACUGCGGGAUCUCAUGGAUAAAGGUAUGUCAGAGGCUCUGAAGUGGAUAUCAUCAAGCCUCGAAGAGGAAGCAGUAGACAGGGAGUCGACAGCUUCAGGCGAUGCACUGCCGGUUCCCCUGCUGCCGAUCAACGAGGCAGAGAUCGUCGCUGUCGAUGACCCCACGUUCCUCGAAGAGGAAGCAGUAGACAGGGAGUCGACAGCUUCAGGCGAUGCACUGCCGGUUCCCCUGCUGCCGAUCAACGAGGCAGAGAUCGUCGCUGUCGAUGACCCCACGUUCCUAAAGCUGCUGUCGGCUCUCGCCCUCAAUCCUCCAGUGGAAGGGCAGGAAGUUUACUGGCGCAUUCCAGGAGAACUUAGCAGCGCUGAGUUGAGGUCGAGAAUAGCAGUGAUAAACAUGGCAGUUGAGGGGCGACUACCUCCAGAGGGUGAAAGCCAAGCAAAUGAAGAAAGUGCUGUAACAGGAAAUAGCAGGGAGGAUGGGGUGGAGGACGACAGCCAGGAAGAUGUGGGGGCGUGGCUGGCACAGAACGUCCUGCAGGGCUCCGGCGACGAGUCUGCAGAUGAGGAAGUAGCACCCCCGCUUGUCAAUGACUACAUGACUCCGUGGAGCCAGAACAUGCGGAAAGCAGCAAGGGAGGCUGCACUGGCAGAGAAGGGGCUUAGGCCAGGUGGGAAAGAAAUUCCUUCAUCGCGUGCUGGUAGAAAGAAGACUAGAAUCCACGUAGCAUCAGAUUCAGACUCUGAAUCUGAUGUCCCGUUAAGUAAUUUUUCUGACAGUGCUUCAGCAUUACUGUCAGGUAGAGAAGAGCCUGGAGACAUCGCAAGAGGCAGAGAUGACAACCAGGAAGCCUCAGGAAGCACCAAACGUCGCCAGGGUAAAAGAUCGCGACUGUCUUCAGGUUCCGACACCACUGCCAGUGUCCCUCCAGUGGAAUCGGGAUCGAGCAGGGAGCCAGAACGGCAUGAUGCGUAUGAAACUGGCAGCCAAUCGUCAAAGCAGGAUGUGAGACACAGGAAACGCAGGAUCAGAGUAUCCUCAGAUUCGGAUACAGAAGAAGCUACACCUCUUUCCGCUUUGAUGGUUCCUGGUGAAGAAUCUACUGCAGCAAAUUCUCUUGAAAGUGGAAUAAAGCAGAAUGGGUUUCUAGAUUCUGAUUCGGACAGUGAUUUGCCUAAGGGUGGAGGUGAGAAUACUACAUCUGAAACUGCUAAGAGGACAGCACAUACGGACUCCGAUGAAGAAGGUAGGCAAGUGAAGAAGGUUCGACGGGCUGUCAUAAUUGAUGACGACGAUGAUGACUGAACAAACUUGCAGAUAUUUCAACAGUGCAUUGUGACUGAUACUUAACAAGAAAUCUGACUGCAUCCAAUGUGAAUCUUGUCAGAUAUUUAAUUGUAGCUCUUCUUGUAUUUAAAAAUUUCUAGCAUUUGCUGCAAGUAGUAUUUAUAUAUUCUGAUGAACCAAGGAAAGCAAUACUCAUCCUGCCUUGUCAUAGUAACAUAUUGUGUGUUUAGUUAUUCAGCAAGAUGCGCUUCUAAUAGUUUUAAAUUUUUCUGUCAAAAUCUGUCUCUUACAGUAAGAUGUCACUUCACUAUAAGUACAGUAAGAUGUCACUUCACUGUUGCCUGUAAUUUUUAAUUUCCAUGUGUUGUCUAUGCUUCUCUUUUUUUAAAAAAAAAAAAAAACGUGAAAUAGCUGUGUAAUUUAAACAGUGGUAAAUCCAGGAUCGAAUAAUGAUGGUAUUUUGAAAAGGACAGAUUGCUACACACCAUAUAAAGGAGAUGAUGAGUUUCAGAUAGAUGUGUGAACUUUUGGCCAAAAGACCUUCUAAAGUAGAACACUUAUACAAUCGCCAAAGCACAACUCACACAGGUGCAACCACUGUCUCUGGCAACUUGAUCACUACAAGUUGUAAGAUUGCAGUGAUAGUUUAGGAUUCAUAUUGAUAUUUGCUAUUCAGUUUGCACUUAUGCCACUGCAAGUUUCUAAUUAUGCUGAUCAUCAGCUUUCUCUGAUCUGGAAAUCUACAUCUAGCCUGCACGACCACACUGAGUUUAGCCUCAGUGACCGGAGACAGUGACCAGGUGUGCAUGUGUACUUGGCAUCAAUGUGUGUGUGUUGUCUACUUUAGAAGCAGCCAUUUUACCAGAAAGCUCACAUGUUUAGCAGUCUAUCUUCUCCAUAAUUAAUAAGUGUCUUUUUCAAAUGCUAAAAAUCAAUAUAAAUAUUAGUUUUUGGUUAACUAUCCUUACAUUUCAUGUUUAUUUACCUCAGUUUUUACUUUCGACCAUCAUACAAUAGAUAUUCUCUAGAUUUUUAUGUCAGUCGUAACACAAAUUCUUUUCAAUAUUUCAGGCUCCUAUCAUGUUUUCCCUUGUGUAUUUGUAAAAUUUUAUAUGUAAACAUUUUCUGUAUGCUUUUUUUAA